AUAAGACAAAGAUAUUUUUGUAUAUAUUCUCAGUGAUGAGUUGCAAAGAAAUAGUUACAAGAGAACAAUCUCAACCAAAUUCAAGGAACUGCUCUCAAUUAUGAAUAAUAAAGAAGAAAGAACAGUCACAAGAAAACGAUCACAACCUAAUACAAGUCCAAUUAAAAGACUUUAUUCUGUUGUGACAAUCAUUGAAGAUGAAAAACAAAAGAAAAUGACUGUACCUGUGCAUUGGGUAGAUGAACUCAAAAAUGUUGUAUAUUGGCCUCCAAAGGACAAAAAACAAAUAAACUACUAUAUUAGUAAUUGGGUUUCACCUGAUAAAGGAUGGAGAGAAAAUAUAUAUUUAAAAAUAAAUCUUGACAAGGGAACAAAGGAGAUAGGCGAUGUUUGCAUGAAGUUUGACUCAGAGUCUUCCAAUUCUGAUUUUCAGGAAACAGAAUGUAAUAGUGCAACAUACAGCAAUCGUUUUCACAUUAGAGAAAAAAGUCCUGACAUUACAGUUGAAAAGGUUGCUGAAUCGUCAUUAUUUUCUUCAAGAUUAUUUAUUAAAUCUCCUAGCAAACAUCCUAAGAUAGUAUCUACUCAGAAAUAUCAAGAAGAGAAUGUUUUGAAUUUAGAAGAAGAUUUAGAUUUUUCAAAUUUCUAUCAAAGCAAUACAGUUCAAUCUAGUUUGUCAUCUGUUUGUCAACAUGAUUCAUUUUUGGAACCAGUUCAAAAAACUAUUCCAAGAGGCAUUGGUGGUACUUUUUUUUAUGACAAACCACCAGCUAGCUUUAAACCGAUGGAUGAAAGGCGUUUUCAAUAUGCAAUAUUUGUGGAGUUAGCAAGUAUAAAAUCUGAAAUACAAAAAUCUUUAUGUGCAGUGGAAAAGCUAGGAAGAAGGACUGAGCCUGAAGAUUCCUUAUUUUAUAUUUAUAAAUCAAAUGAUAUAAGAGAGUUUGAUGAAAUAGAAAUAUUUUUAGAUAAUAAAGAAAAGUUUCAUUUGUUGGUCCGUCAACUUAAGCAAAUAGGUGGUAGUUCAAUUUCAGCCUCAGUUAAUAAAGUUUUAGAUAAAACAAUGUCUAAAAAUGUUCAAUCGUUAUUUAACAAAGCAGGAAGGCAUGGCAAAAAAUCAUUUAGAAAAACAUUAUUAUAUAAAGCAAUUAUUGAAGCAUUAGUGUCACAUUCAACAAAAUUUGAUUUGGUCGAUAAUUUAAUAGGCGACCAUUUGAAAAGAGCUCCAGAUCGAAUUGAAUAACAAAUAAUUUAUUUAGUAUUUGUACGCUCGCAUUAUAAAUGAAUACAAAAUAAAUAAAAAAAAACUUUAAAAGUCUAAGUCAUGCAUCUAGAUUACUAUUUAUUAACUCUCUAUUAUGCACUGUUGCCAUUAGGCUACAAAGCAAAAUUUUUCUUAUUUCAGCAUUACUAGCUUUACUUUUGAUUUUAAAGAGUGAUUUCCCUUGUCUAGUUUGAUGUUUUAAAAACAAUACAGUUUUUUUAAAUCAGCACAUGUUCAGCCAACUACAGCAGUUUUUUCCAAAAAAAAUGGCAUUAUAGAGGGUUAAGAACUUUUUAUUUGUAUA